AUGGAUGAAUGUAUGCUGAAUGACUUAUUAGAAUGUUCGGUGUGUCUCGAACGAUUAGAUACAUCGAGCAAAGUACUUCCCUGUCAGCAUACCUUUUGCAAGAAAUGUUUAGAAGAAAUAGUCAGCACUCAUCGCGAGUUGCGCUGUCCUGAAUGCCGCAUAUUAGUUGAUGCUAAAGUGGAUGAUUUACCUCCUAAUGUGCUGCUGAUGCGUAUUUUAGAAGGAAUGCGUAAUGCAGCUCCUAAAUCUGUAAAAUCUUUAACUAAAAGCAAUCUAGGACCUCAAAGACUCUUUGGUGGUCAUCAAGUUACUUCAGCUCCUAUUGUAACUACUAGUCCCACUCCUGUUGCAUACACAAAUGAACCAAUUCGACAUGCUACAGCCAAACAAGUCCAUCUACACAAUCAAACAUAUGGUCGAGCGAUCUAUGAUUAUGUGUCAGAAGUUCCAGGAGAUUUGUCUUUUAAAAAAGGUGAUAUUGUUAUCCUUCGUAAAAAAAUUGAUAAUAAUUGGUGUCUUGGAGAAAGUGUUAAUAGUCAUGGAGUUUUUCCUGUAUCUUAUGUUCAGGUAAUGACACCAUUGACACCACAUGUUCCUCAGUGCAAAGCUCUGUAUGAUUUUAGAAUGACUAAUGAUGAUGAAGAUGGCUGUCUUACAUUCAAUAAGGGUGAAGUUAUUAGUGUUAUUAGAAGAGUUGAUGAAAAUUGGGCAGAAGGAAAACUUUUGGAUAGAAUUGGCAUCUUUCCAUUGGCUUUUGUAGAACUCAAUAGUGUGGCAAGAGCUUUAAUGAAACUUUCAACAAAUACACAGCCAGGUCCAUCAAGAGUAGCACCUCCUACUCCCACCAAUGAAGAAACUACACCCUUAAUACCAACUGAUCAUUCACGUAAUGUACAAAUAAGUCAACCUCGACCUCAACUUGUACAGAAUACUAUUUUACCAGUUUCUGAUUCCAUUUCAAGUGUGUCAUCAGGAGGUAGUUCUUCAACUACUACUCCAAACACUCCCAAUAGUUCAACUACAUCUAGCAGUUCUAGCACUGCUCCAAGUAGUCCUAGUAGCCCUGCAACUUCUCCUCCUGCAGUUGGAAAUAGACAUAAUGUCAAGCGUCAUAGUUUCACUGCUGUCAAUACUGGUCAUCAGGCUCAUCCACAUCACAGACACAGUGCUGAAAUACAUAGCCCCCCAGUAGACAACGCCGUUGGUAGCAGCAAUAGUAGUUGCAAUAACGAUUCAUUUUCCCCACUACAGACUAGUAUCAGCGUUGCAGAUCACAAUCUUCGCCAUAGGCGAAGCGGUAGUAGUGAUCUUGCUCUUGCACAGUCGUCACAAAGUUUGUCUACUGCAACAGGAAACACUCAUUUACCAGCUGCAUAUAUAGCGUUAUAUCCGUACAAACCACAAAAAGCGGACGAACUUGAAUUGAGAAAAGGUGGCAUUUAUAUGGUGACAGAACGCUGCCAAGAUGGGUGGUUUAAAGGAACUUCUAAUCGUACACAAAAGUGUGGAGUUUUUCCAGGAAAUUAUGUUGCGCCCGCUAAGUGUCAACGUGGUUUGUGUCGAGGAUCACCAAACACAGGACAACAUCAGAACUUUCCAUCAUCGACAAGUCAAAAUAGUACCGAGUCACGAAUAACUGUGACUUACACCAAAAACAAAGGACCUGCUCCUCAACCUUAUAAUCCACGUACUUUGUUACCACCAGAGUUGCCACCACGUGCUAUUAGUCCAUCUUCUAUGGUGUCGUCAUCUUGGCAUGGUCAAAGCAAAACACAAAGUCAAGAAAACAGUCCUCCUCGAUACAACGAACAAAACUCGGGAAAUCCUCUUGGACGCAGUCACAGUGCUGUUAUGUCAUCAAAUAUUUCUUCUCCUGGAAAACAGGUAACAUUACCACAGCCAUUAACAGUUACAACCACUGUUGCUAAUAUCCACAAUAGUGGUACGGCCGCUACUGGGGCCACUUCGUCAGUUAUAAAUGAAAUGAAUAAAAGUCCAAACAGUACUUUGCAUGCAGUGGCCUCCCCUUCUUCUACUACAUCCGUUACUGCAUCCAAAAACUCUGAAAAGCAGAAAGAGAAAAAGGAUAAAUGUGUCUCUUUAAUGCGUCGAUUGACAAAUAUCAAAAAAUCCAAAUCACCACCUCCUACUACAUAUUCAAUGGAUAAUCCAGUAUUUGAUGAUGGUAAUUCCAUUAAUCCAGUACACAUUCGAUCGGGAUCUUGCCCAAGUCAGUUGCUACAGGUGGGAGCGACACAGGAAAUAAAUGCUUCAAACAACCACCAUCGUUUGUGUCCAGGCUCUGUGCAGGGGCACGUCACAUCUUCACAAAGACUUAAAUACAAGGAGAGACCAUCUUUACCGGUCUCAAUCCUCCAGAGAUCCAAUGAAUCGGGUGGAAUGGCGUGUACACCGAUGGGAAAUCAUCACCGUAAGAGUAACUCUUUAGAUGCUGGUAUGGGGAAACAGACGAAGCAACAACCUACUCGCGAACGAGACCGAGUAUAUAGAUUCCGUUGCAUCGUGCCAUAUCCACCUAAUAGCGAAUUUGAAUUAGAACUUCGAGUGGGAGACGUUAUUUAUGUUCAUAAAAAACGCGACGAUGGCUGGUAUAAGGGCACUCAACAAAGAACUGGUCGUACAGGUCUUUUUCCAGCAAGUUUCGUCGAAGCCUUCUGAGAUAC